GCACUUACAGAUAUUCAAAUACUAACGACAUUUCGGCAGUAAACGACGAUAAUACUCAACAGUCUCUACAUAAUGAGAGCAGCGGCAACAUACCAGCUGUUGGGAAUCAGAAUGUAUCGCAUGAUGAAAUCAAUGAAUGCAGCGUAUCGCAUGGUCAUGUGUGUUCUCAUAUCUGUGUUGAUUUGCCGAAAGGAUUUUAUUGUGCAUGCCCCCAAGGGAUGUAUCUUGACAGUAGAGAUAACAAGACAUGUAUUUCCAGCUCCGAUCUAAAGGCAGAAGUGACUCCAACGCCAUCAGAUCUUAAUGAAGAACAAGAUGUAGAAGUAGAGAGCUGUGAGCUGAACAAUCCGUGCGAACAGCGAUGUUUAGACACCAAAGAGGGUGGUAUUGAAUGCCGUUGUUACCAAGGAUAUCGUCUAGCAUCAGAUUUGAUGUCUUGUGAAGACAUCGAUGAGUGUGCGGAAGAUGCGGCAGUCUGUGCCCCAGGACAGAAAUGUGUCAACACUAGAGGUCGUUUCACGUGUACUUCAGUGCAAACAGUGCAAUGCCCAGUUGGCUUCCAGCUGAAUCAAACAAGCAAUCAGUGCCAGCCUAUUCCUGUCCAGUGUGCAAUCGGUUUUGCUUACAGUUCCGUCUCCAGAACAUGCGAAGAUAUUAAUGAAUGUGGUCUUGGUAUUGACACUUGUAGAGCUGGGGAGAGAUGUGAGAAUUCUAUUGGAUCAUUCGCGUGUAGGCGAGAACGUCAUUGUGGUACAGGCUAUACACUGGACGAGGAAUCCCAGAAAUGUAUCGACAACGAUGAGUGUGUUCUCGGCACCCACAACUGUGAUGGCGGAUACAGAUGUCAAAACAUACAAGGCUCGUUCAGAUGUGUCCCAACGGCAUGCCCUGAAGGGUACCGGUUCGAGACCUCUAAAGGUGAAUGUGUCCCUGUGCAGUGUCCUGCUGGUCUCAAGCCAAACGAAGCUGGAAACUGUGUUGAUGUGGACGAAUGUGAAGAGAUUGGCCUUGCGGUGUGUGGUCGACAUCAGAGGUGUGUCAACACUAGAGGUUCUUACUACUGUCGCAAUGUUGUCAACUGUCCCGCCGGGUAUGAGCCAUCAGAGAGUAGUGGAUGCCAAGACAUUGAUGAAUGUCACCGAGGAACACACAAGUGCAGUGCGGACCAGCACUGCAUCAACAGACAGGGAACUUAUUUUUGUCAGUGCCCUAGAGGCAUGCGACAUGAUUCAGCUGGCAGAUGUGUAGAUGUUGAUGAAUGCUCGUACGGUGCAGCAAUUUGUCCAUCUAACUCUAGAUGUGUUAACACGGUUGGAUCUUUUAAAUGUGACUGCAUUGAUGGACUCGUAUCUGAUGACAAUGACGGAUGCACAGACGUAGACGAGUGUGAAGCUGAAGGCGUCUGUCAACAGAACUGUGUCAAUGUGCUAGGGACAUUUGUGUGUUCCUGUAGGAGGGGUUACCAACUGAAAGACGAUAAAAGGUCCUGUGAAGAUAUUGAUGAGUGCACUCAGUUUGGGAAUCGUGCUGGUCGUAGUGGCGUUUGUGGGGGAAAAUGCAUUAAUUUGCCUGGCUCCUACAGAUGUGAAUGUCCAGACGGAUGGAGACUGAAACCAGAUGGCAGAUCCUGUGAAGAUAUUAAUGAAUGUAAAGAACACACCGCUGUUUGCCAACAUUCUGAGAGCAUCUGCAUCAACACACGCGGCAGUUACAAGUGUCCUAUUGUCAGAUGUCCCGAUGGGUUUGUAAAAAACAAUGCAACUGGCCAACAGAACAGCAAACUAGUGACCACAGAGGACGGAGUUAUCUGCGGGAAGAAAGAAUGUUCGCUGGCCGACCUUGAGUGUUGGACCAACAAAACCAAAACCGUCUCGUUUCAGUUUCUUGUUCUACCAAGCACGGAGUUUGUUACUGCACCGCUGACUCUGCUCAUGAUCCACACCGUCGGGUACUCCAUGUUCCCAAAUCUCCGACUUGACAUCCUCAGUGGAAAUGAGCUGCAGCAAUUUGACACUGUUGUGAUGGGCGAUAAAGCUGCUCUUCGAAUGUUACAGCCUGUGAAAGGAGUAUCUGAUAAAGAAGUGGUACUUCAGCUUGAAAACAGGGACUUUACUGGAAAUGAAGUAAUCUCCCGUCACAUAACUCAUGUGUUGAUGUUUUUUGAAGUAACCCACGUUAAGUGA